AUGGGUCGUCUUGAAAGCAAGAACUGCAUCAUCACUGGAGGCGCUGGCGGCAUCGGUCUCGAGACCGCCAUCCUCUUUGCUCGGGAGGGCGCCAAUGUUCUCCUCUGCGAUAUCUCCGGCCCGGCGCUGGAGAAGGCUUCGGCCAAGCUGAAAGAGAUAGUCCCAGAGGCCAAGAAGGUCGAGACCAAGAUUACCGAUGUUUCCAAGGAGGCCGAUGUAAAGGCCAUGGUCGAGCACGUGGACUCAUGGGGUGGUCUGGAUGUCCUGUUCAACAACGCAGGUAUAAUGCACGCCGAUGAUGACGAUGCUGUCAACACACCCGAGAAGAUCUGGGAUCUGACACAAGCUAUCAACGUCAAGGGUGUAUGGUUCGGCUGCAAGCACGCAGUCAACAGCUUCAGGAAGAACGGCAAGAAGAAGACGAGUGUUAUCAACACCGCAAGUGUCGUCGCCUUGGUGGGUAGCGCAACACCGCAGCUUGCAUACACAGCCAGCAAGGGUGCCGUAUUAGCCAUGACACGGGAGUUGGCAAUGGUUCACGCACGUGAGGGUUUCAGAUUCAAUGCGCUGUGCCCGGCACCAUUGAACACACCACUCUUGCAGGACUGGCUUGGUGACGACCAAGCUAAGCGUCACCGUCGCGAAGUCCACUUCCCUACUGGCCGCUUUGGUGAGGCCGUCGAGCAGGCCCAGGGUGUUCUCUUCCUCGCCAGCGACGAGAGCAGCUUCGUCAAUGGUACCGACUUUGUCAUUGACGGUGGUAUGACCAGAUGCUACACCACACCUGAGGGCGCGCCACUUGAGGCGCCCAAGAACAACGCACGAUGA